GCUAGUGCAACCCCUUUGGGACAAGAGAGAUGUUCAUGGGGACCAUCUUACUGGUGUGCAAAGUACAAACAAGCUGUAGAAUGCAAUGCAUUGGAACAUUGUCGCGCUAAAGUUUGGUCUGUAAAAGAUGAGGUACGUAAACACCUUUUUGUUUAUUUUCUAGACAUCUGGAGGGAAAUUUUGGGCAUUUUUACCCAUGAUGAGUUGGUGCCAACAUUCUUAAUGUUUAAAGGCACAAAUAUAUAUAUAUAUAUAUAUAUAUAUAUAUAUAUAUAAAGUAUAUAUAAGUUGAAGUUAUACGUCAGCAUGCUUAACAGAUAACUACCAUUGACUAAGGUCCAACCUCAAAAUAAACACCCACAUCAAGUAAGUGCCCACCCUGAAGGUAGGUAAAUUAACAAAUACUGAGCCUCUAAUAACCACCCACCCCUUAAUUGACAAAGUACCACUAAAUGACUUCCCCUAAAGAUGGAGUUUUGUAGUAUUUUUUAGACAGCUUUCAAGGAACUGUUAGAUUCUGCCUUAGUUCAUCUUUUAGUAUUGUUAUUAUUCAGUGUGUUGUAAGUUGCAAAAUAAACUUAAUACAUUCUUAAGAUGGUGAAAAUUUGAUUAGCACCCAGCGUUGAAUAAGUACCCACUUCCUCAAAAAGUUAAGUAAGCACUAAGGGCCAGGGCCCUCAAUCGAAUAUUAAAUACAGUUGCUAAGUUAUGUAAUGUUACUUACAAAGAAUGAUAUCCCAAGCAAAAUGCCUUUUUAUUAAGUUGAGAAAUCUAAAUGUGUACACACUCUCUUUUAUCAGGUAGCUUGUGAUGUUUGUAAAGAACUUGACCCUUUGAUCAGAGCAUACCUGGAGAAAAAUGCAACUCAAGUAAGUCAGUCAUUUAAGUUUGAUUGUACAUGUCUUUUUGUUUUUCUCUGAUAUUUUGAGAGCCGCUAGUAGAAUUUAAAGACCUCACAAAGAAACACUGUUCAGAACUUAACUCAGUCUCAAGUAGAGUAUAAAGUAACACAAAAGUGAAACUGUGUACAAAAAAGUUUUUGUAAUUCGUUACACCUAAUGUUUGUGAAUGCUAUCAAAUGAAAGUAAUAAAUUAAAACAGUAUUGUUCUUUUCUGUCUUCAUGUGUGAGAAUCAUGGACUAUUGCAGGUUUUAAAGAACUAUGCAAUUUUGUAAAAUUUAAGUCUGGACCAUUAACCCUAACAGUUGUAGAGUAAGUUGAUACUAACCGUCUAAGUUACAGCUAUAUCAAAAAAAUUUUUUCAGACAGAGCUUGUUACUCUGGUAGAGGAAGCUUGUGAGAAGUUUGCUGGAUCUUAUGCAGAAGUGGUAGGUGACAAUUCAAAUAGAUAUUAAGGCCUGAAGCUGUUCACCUUCUAGAACUUUAUUAAAAUCUUCCCAUAUCCCAGCAAGUUUCAACAUUAAGGAAGACACUAAGUCUUGUUGAUGGACCACAGCUCCUUAUAGAUACUAAAUACAGUGUAGUGAAAAAGCUGUAGGAAAUUAUCUGCUGUAAAGUCUAUCUCCAUUGGUGACAGUAGUCACCUUAGGUGAUGUUGUGAACUUAACCCACAAAUUCAAGCUCAAGACAAACUGAGAAAAAGAAUUUGUUGGUUUCAUUUAUCCCUUAAUCCUUUAACUCCCAAGAUCUGAUUGUUAAUUCUCCCCUCUAACUGGCACACAAUUCCUUGUAAAUAAGUUAUAGGAAUUUGGUGUUAGGUCAAGGUAACAACUUCCUGAUAAGUUUGAGUAUUCUCAUAACCUGGUGGCUGGAUAAUGUACGGAUAUUAUAGGGAGAAGUUGCAAGUUAAUCACUUCUGGGAGUUAAAGGGUUAAAGGCACACAUAAUGUCUUGAUAUCACCCUUCAAAUUACUAGCUAAGCAGCAAAAUGCAUUUUACAAUAAUUUUCAGAUCUCCAUAGAUGGUAAUCUAUUAUCAUUUGCUUGCCUGAAGUAAUUGGCUUGACUUUAUCCUCUACAUGUAUGUCCAAAAUAUGUACAAUUGAAACUUAUUACAGAUCAGUUGAAUUAAGAUAUAGUUUUGGACUGUUAAGUUUUCAAUUGUUUUGACUCAUUGACAAAUAUCUUUAAAUUAAUUGCAGUGCAAAUCCUUAGUUGAUCAGUAUGAACCACUGCUUAUGAAUACCAUUUUGGAGUACUUGGUAAGUUUUUAAGGUUUUAUUAUUGACAGAAAUGUCCAAAUUGAAUGCCUUUUCAGUGCAGUCAAGAUGUAUUAAUGUGUUUUUAAAAUAAAUUUCUUCUGGUUUCUGACAAGAAACUUAAAGUUUCAAACCUCAAAGGAAAUUGAAUUAAUUAGUGUAAAGAAAUGAAAAGUCAUGGGAAUUUUUAUUUCUAGUUUUUAAGUUAAAGAAGGUUGUCAGAUUGUCACCAAUGCAAAGAAGACAUCUGCAAGUCAUAGAAUCAAACUUUAAAAAAAACACAGUGUAAGAUUUAAACUUUCUCUGAUUAAAGGCUGAUCCUCAGCAAGCCUGUACAACUUUGGGAUUAUGUUCAAGUGAGGUGAAGCAAGUCGACGCCAAGCUCAUCUUCAAGCCUUUGAAGAAACAGAUGAUAAAACUCAUGAAGCCUCUUGCUCUUGCUGCCAAGCACAAGCCAGUUGUUGUCAAAUCCAAACCAGUCAAGGCCUCUGUGGAGUGUAUUUUGUGCGAGUUUAUCAUGGACAAACUUGAUUCUAUCCUCAAGCAGAAUGCCACUCGGGUGCGUAAAAGAUUCAGGAGAUAGAUACAUGGGGGUGGAUUAAAAAACAAAUUACAAAAUAUUCAGUGAACACUGGCAUACAAGCUUUACUUUUUUGCUGUGUUUAUUUCUAGAGUCGAAUUUCAUUUUGUAUUUUUAUCUUAUCAGAUUAGUACAGUUUGUAACCAGACAGUAUUCAGAGUUUUCCAUCUUAGUGACUUUGCGCAGUCCACUUGUUAUUUCCUUUGAAUUCUUUGCAAAACUUUUUUUCCAGAAUUUGAGUUGCCAAUCUUGGGGUGCAGAUUACACACCAGUAUUUGCAGUAUACUGUGUCUUUUCAAAACAAUGAUUGUUGUUACCCUACCCUUUUAGAAACUCUCUUUUCAGGGGUUCACUAACAGUUUUUAUCAUUUGGAUUUAUGUUAUACAACUUUACUUCCCUAAGACAUUUAUGUCUAUUUAGUUACAAAUCAGAUUAGUAGCACUGAUCUAUUGUCAGAUUAUAAGAUUAGUUCCGUUAUUUAGAGGUUAGAUACUUAAAUCAUUUGACUGUGUGAUUGUGAUUGGUAUCUUGUUGAAGAUUAAGGAAUGUGGAAACGUGAGAAAAACUUUUCGCGCUUUAAACGGAAGAUGUUUUCAACAAAGCUGCGGACAGACUGUAUUUGUAGAAUAAGGUUGCAUCAAGAUUUGUUAUUAUUCUAUAUUAUAUUGUUAACAUGCAGCCCAACAUUAUACUCUUUCUGGUUUGCGAUUUUAUAUAUUGGCUAAUAAGAUUUAACUUAUUUUCUUCAGGAAGAAAUUGAGGAGGCUUUGGACAAAGUUUGCAGCUAUUUACCAUCUUCAAUCUCUAGUGAAGUAAGAACUAUUUUUAUAGUAAGAGCUUUGCAUUUCUAUCCUAAAUUUUAGCUAGAAUAAAAGGAUAAAGUCACUCCAAGCUAUGCAGUGCAUUGCAGAAUCUUUAACAAUUUUCUGCACCUUGUAAAGAUACUUUUUCCCCAAAUUUUAACACCAGUCUUGUUGUGAAGGAUGAUCAUUUGCCUUCCAGUGUAGUCACUACAGUUGUGGAUCACACAUCUAAAGUUUCUGCAUUGUAAAAAGAGCAAUAAUGUUAUUAUUAUUUGCAAAGAUCAUGCCUGUUUGAUCUCACCAUAGGCUUGCAGUAGUUUAUUAUUUUGGUUAUGUUGUAGGCUCUAAAAUUACUUUGGGUUUUUUUUUUGUGGCUCCUAGUGUACCCAGUUUAUCAAUCAGUAUGGUGAUGCAAUCUUGCAAAUCCUUGCACAAGAACUUGACCCAAAAGAAGUUUGCACAGCGCUUCAACUUUGCACAAGUCAGGCAAAAGGUAAAGGUACUUUAAAAUGGAAGAUGUCCAUAGCUAGAAAAACAUAAGUCCCUUACCAACAACAUGUAUUCAAGUAAGGUUAUUUAGCUGUACAUUUUAACCCUUUCACUCCUAAGAUCUCAUAAGCAUUUCUCCUUACUAUCAACCAUACAAUUUGUAUGAUGUUGGUUCAGAGAAUUUGGUAUAAGAUAAACUAACAAUCCUCUUUUAAGAAUUGUUAUAUUUCUUAGUUCUCAUCACUUUUCUGCUUGAUAUUGUAUUGAAAUUGUAAGGAGAAAUUUUGUCUUGGUCACUGACAGGGGAGUGAGAGAGUUACCAUAUUUACUGGUGUACAAGUUGAACUUGUGUAUAAGUUGACCUCUCAUUUUCAAGGUCAAAAAUCAGAUUUCUAAUCAUUUCUAGUUAAAGAAGUAAAAUUCAGACUGAUAGAAAUAUCCCAAAAAGGUAAUCUCUUAUUUCUGAGAAUUUAUUAAAAACAAGGUGAAUUAAAAAAACUGCAGAGCAAGAUGGAACGGUGUGGUGUUGGGGAUUGGCCCUUGUUUAUAUUACCAUGAUUUAAGCAUACACAAGCACUUCAAGUUACUAGAGAAGCAUUUUACCAUAUUUUGAAAAUCGCUUUGAAAGUGAAAUCUUCUUGUAUUUAACUAACCUUUAUCUUUAAGUCAAUGUUGAGUUUGAAAGGAGAUUUAACGUGCCUUUGGUUACAAUUACAUAAUUGAUCACUUGUAGUAAAGUCAUUAUUGUACAAUAAGAAUUGUCUAGAAUCUCUCUUUACUAGUAGAAUAUGUAUUGAUCUUAAGUUUAAAAAUAUGAGAUAUUUUAAGGAAAGCUAAGCACUUUACAGAGAAACCUCAUAAUGCAUUACAUGAAGAAUCCUUAUUUUAAUAGAUUGGCACAAGUUGUUCCCUUUAAAAUGAGAGCAUUGAAGAGGGGACACUUGCUCGUGAGAUUAGACUUUGCCACUCUUUUACCCAUUCCAUUAGUGAGAGCAAUUUCCCACUGCCAUACCAAGAUAAUCUUUAAUCAAGAAAUAAAUUUUAUUAUGAACAGCUGUUCACAACUCAGAUAUCACAUACUCGGUUGUUCUUUUGUCUUUAGCCAUGGAGAAGCCAAAGAUUCAUCUUCCGAAGAGUAAUGAGACUUGUGAAAUCUGUGACACUGUCAUGACUUACUUGAAGAUGUUACUGGCAGACAAUGAAACUCAGGUACAUAACAGUGAUGUAUACAUUAGAUAAAUAGAUUGCUGUGUUUUUGUUCAGUAAUAGGUCCCAGUCACCAGCCUUCUGCUGUUAACCACUUUAUUUAAAUUGCUCUUUUUUGUGUGUGUUUGUCGUAGGUGUUAUUUCCUGUUACAUUCAAUGAAUGAUUAGUUGAUUUUAUGUUUGUUUACUUUUCUCAGCAAGAGAUUUUAAAUGUAUUGAAACAAGUUUGCAGCUAUCUGCCAGAGCAGCUCUCUUCUGAGGUAUAAAACACAAACUUAUAAACUUUCUUUUACUCUCUUGUUGUAUAACAUUUAGUAAUAAGCUUACUUGUCAAAUUACAGUGUAAAUAUGAAAUUCUUGGCAAUACUUGUGACUUGUAACCUAAGUAUACAGGUACUUAACAGUAAUAUUUACAGUUGCCUGAUUAUUUUUACUUUCUUUCUUGUCUGGCUUUGAUUCAUGUCUAAAUAAAAUGGAAUUAGGUUAGUCUAACACAUCAAUCACUCCAAAAAAAUUAACCUUUGAAUAUCCACUAGUGCACUGCCAUUGUGACUGAGUAUGGACCAGCCAUUCUGAAUCUGAUUGCAGAAAGUGAUCCAGAAUCCCUAUGUGAGGUAAGUUUUUCCUCUAACAUAAAAAAGUGAGGGGGGGGGGCGCUUAUUUGACUCUUUAUCUUCAGAAGGGAGUCAAGUCUUGCCAAAUAGCUUGUGCUUUGUUGGUUUACUCAAAAAAUGUCAUGAAUUUUUCAUCUUCAGUUUGUACAUUGAAGAUAUGUGUUUAAUGCAACCAGUUUCUCUCAUGGUCUACCACUUUUUAUGGUGUUGCAGUGGUCUACCCUAAAGAACUCAACUGUCACUGCGCAGUUGAAAGUGCAUUUUCUGCUGAGCUAUGCUAACAAAACUCCUCUUUCAGGAAAUUGGACUGUGCUCUGCCUUUAAAAAGAUGACAUUGAAAAAGGAGGGCAAAUUCUGUUUCCUUGGUGCCUCAUACUGGUGUGAAAACAAGUUUAAUGCAAUCCAAUGCAAUGUAAGUCAAGUGGAGCAACCUAUGCCUAUUUCUUGGUAGAAUUUUGUAAAAAAUGAAUUCAAGUUUGUGAGUUUGUGUUAAAGUUAAAGGCAUGUCAAAAGCAGAAUGUCCAUCUGAUUCCUCUAUGCUUUCAAAAUGAUAACACAAUUUUUUCAACUGUCCUCUAUUGUAAUUUGGGAAAAUUUUCUAUAAUCCAUUCAACCUUUUCUAUGGUAUACACAUUUUGUCAUAUUCUGAAAUUUACCAGUAGGUUACUGUUACAACUCACAUUUUUUUCUAGUAUUGCAACUUUUCUAGCAAUUUUUGAUCAACAUGUGACAAGAGUGGUUAAAAGUGUACACAAAAUAAACGUUCACCCUUGUCUCAAGAUCAGUCACACAAUAUUAUUCUGACCUAGAUAACGCUUUUGAAUCAAUGGAAAUUGUCACAUUGAGAUGUAAUAUCCUUUUUAAUAUAGAGCAAAAAUGUGUGCUUUUUAUCUUCUCAGGCUUUGAAACAUUGCACAGACCAUGUGUGGAACUGA